UUGCGGACUCAUGGCGCCGUCAAGCUUUUUUUCGGCGCCCAAUGGAACAUCUUGGUCCAUCGGCCGUCGUACCUGACUGAGAUUUUCAAGAACGAGGAUCUCUACCAGAAGAGUGGCAACCAGAAGAAGAUUCCUCACAGCGUGCUCGCCGAGUUCUUGGGCGACAACAUCAUCUCAGCUCAUGGAGAUACAUGGAUGAACUACAAGACUGUCAUCAAGCCUGGGCUGCAACGGAAUUUCGAGGCAUCCAUCAUCGCCAAGAAUGCAGUCAGCCUGUGCCAUCUCCUUCGCGAUGCCCAAAAGCGGGCCGGUCGUGGGGGCGUCGCCGUGCAGGACCUUCUUCAGCGGUACUCCGUCGCGAACUGCUCUGAGGCCAUCUUACAAACCAAUCUCGGUGCCCUCGAUGCACCAGAUGCCCCUAUCAACAUCCUCCAGACGGCGGUGAAGAGAGAAAUCUUCAAGCCGGUUUUCAUGAACUUCCCGGUCCUAGACCACCCGAACUUGCGCUGGCUGUUCCCCAGCCGAGCCAGGGCUCGUCAGGUCGUCGCUCAAUUUAAAAACGAGCUCAAAAGCUCUCUGGCCCACCAGAAGCCGACAGGGGACGGUCUUGGCAGCCGAAUGCUACGCGCAUGGGAGUCGGGAGUUUGGGACGAGAAACAGCUUCUCGAUAAUCUUACAGUCACGUUCGUGGCCGGGCAGGAGAACCCGCAACUGUUGAUGACCUCCACGCUUUACGUGCUGGCAAAACACCCUGAGGCGCAAGAAGCCUUGUUGCACGAAAUCCUUUCCAAGGAUUCCACUGCAUCCUCAGAUCUUGGCCAAGAUGACACGCCGUACCUCACGUCGGUCAUUUAUGAGUGCCUGCGGCUGUUCCCACCAAUCGGCCAACUGAUCAACCGCAGAGCGGCAGCUGCGUGUCUGCUCGGAGGAGAGUUGGCGAUUCCCGAGGGAACCUAUCUAGGCUACCACUGCAGGUCGACGAACUGCGAUCCGGUCGCUUGGGGGCCGGACUGUGAGCAGUUCAACCCCGGUCGGUGGGGAUCGACAUCGGAAGAGAUACAGCAACACUACCGCCGUCGGCGGGCUAGAGGCGAGUUCAUAUCAUUUCACGGUGGGAAGCGGGCAUGUCUUGGCGAGAAAUUUGCCAUGCUCGAGAUGCGGACGACUCUUGUACAGCUGAUCCGCGAGUUUCGCUGGUCUCUGGACCCGACGUGGGUUGAGAGAAUGACACCCGCAGGGCCAUUAUUCCCCAGAGCAUUGAGGCUUGCGUUUACAGAAAGGGCGAUAGAUGAAAAGUCGAGAUUGUAA